UCACGCGGAGAUGAGGAGAGAAGUUUGCCUGCGGCGCAGUCCACUGAACAUUUACUGUAUUUCAUUUUGGGAACAGCAAAAAAAAAAAAGAGAGCCUGCGGAGAAGCUUUCCAGGGAAUGCUGAGGAAUAUCCGCCUGCACAGAAAACACUUCUCACAGCCGACUUUCUCCCCCCCCCCACCACCCCUCUCUUCUUUAAAACAAGUUACAUUUUAGUCAUCGUCGGUGUCGCUAAACAAGUGGGAAGCCCGGGUCAGUAAGACAGCGGCCGGACGCGAGGGGGCUUUUAAUAUCUGGGGUCCUGGAGCAGAAGGAAGGAGCCUCACAGAAACGAAGGACGAAAGAAAAAGAAAAAGAAGAAGAUAGUCCACGUGAAGGCGAGAAAAGAGCCCGACUCAGAAUGAAUAACAACAAAAUCGAGAAAGAAAACGAGCAGAGUGAAUUCACCAACCACGAAGAGGAGGUCCGAACACUAUUUGUCAGCGGGCUUCCACUGGAUAUUAAGCCGCGGGAGCUCUAUCUCCUGUUCAGACCAUUUAAGGGCUAUGAAGGCUCCUUGAUAAAACUCACCUCGAAACAGCCGGUGGGGUUUGUCAGCUUUGACAGUCGAUCAGAGGCGGAGGCUGCUAAGAAUGCCUUGAACGGCGUCCGAUUUGAUCCAGAGAUCCCUCAGACCCUGCGGCUGGAGUUUGCCAAGGCCAACACCAAGAUGGCCAAAAACAAGCUGGUUGGCACCCCAAACCCCCCUCCCUCCCAGCAGAGCCCCGGGCCACAGUUCAUUGGCAGAGACCCAUAUGAACUCACAGUGCCUGCUCUAUAUCCCAGCAGCCCAGAUGUGUGGGCGUCAUACCCACUGUACCCGGCGGAGCUGUCGCCGGCCCUCCCACCCGCUUUCACCUACCCCUCCUCGCUCCACGCUCAGAUUCGUUGGCUCCCACCUGCAGAUGGAACUCCUCAGGGAUGGAAGUCCAGGCAGUUCUGCUGAAGUAUGUGUUCCUGAUGUGUGAUGGUGGCCGUGGCCGGCUGUGAUGGGCGUUUGCUGAUUGCCUCUCAUGUCCAAUUAGAAAUCAGGAGGACGGAGCUGACUCUGGCUCUCAGAGCAGCAUACCGUCGGCAGCAGCAGCCUCAUGGGCCUCAGGACAUACCAGACCCCAGCCUCCAUCACACAUCGAGCACCUCCUACCCCCCCCCCCAAAAAGUCCCUCCAACUCUUUUUAUACUGUUACAUACUCCAGAUUUUCCUGCAGCGCUUUGGCCACACCUCCUCUGACACCUUAAAGGUACCAAAGGCGCACACACCCUUUGUGACUGCAUCCCCUGGCCAACGGUAGCAGGCCUCUUGCUGUGCAUUCUGUGUAUGUAAGUGUGAUGACGAUUCAUGCAGGACCAGAUUUCUGGAAGUGUCGCCAAAGCGCUGCUGGGUAAUGUUAUUAUAUAACUAUAAUUAUUCCUAUUCUGUAUAUCAUUCAUAUUAAUGUUAUUAUGAUUAUUAAAUACAUGUUGAAGCAUGACUUUGCAAAAAAAAAAGAUGAAAAAAAAACAAUGUUGUACAUUUUUAGAUAUUUUAAAGAAAUACAAAAAGUAUUUUUGUAAUCAAGACAAUGUUUGAAACGUUUGAUUGGUUCAUGUUGUGUGAGAAACUUUCAUAUGUUUUAUUCUUUCUUCGUGCCAUUGUAGAAUGGAAAGUUUCCCCUGCUAUACCAAAGCAGACCUGUUGCGUUUUUUUUCUUGUCUUUACUACAUACUUUGUGUCUUUGUGCGGCGUCCUUCCCUGAAGAAGCCAACAUUAAGUCCUUUGUGGGAUGCGCAAAUUGUCACCUGAUCCAGCUCCUAAUUUUUUCAGUUUUCAGAUAAUCAGUUGGGUUUAAAAAAAAGAAAAGAAAAGAAAGAGGCAUUGACGGGGAAUAAGCCAUCACAAGUGAAGGUAGAGUGACCGUGGAGACUGCAAAACACAGCAACCUGAGCCCUGCUAUAAUAAGGAAUCUGCCUCUUCAUUGUUCAGCAAGAGGACAGCAGUAUAGAGAAACAAAAGACCAAAGGCAUUUUUUUUUUUACACUGGAGAGCUAUCUAGGCUAGUGGAAUUAUUCUGUUUUUGACUGCUUUGUACUCCUCAAUCUGAUUUCUUAUGAAGUAUGACAUUAUUUUUUUGCCGCACGUCUCUUUUGGUGUCACUCCAAAGAGCCACUCUGCAUCUGAAAGGAGAUUCACUUAAAGCAAUUUGUCUCUUCUGUCUAUUUUUAGGGAGCCAACCUGCUUUUUGUAAAAUUUUGAAUUUGCAUAACAAUGAUUGGAACGAUCAAAAAGAAAAAAAAAAGAAAUCAUCUUUUGUAAUCUUGCGUCCUCUGGGCCUGCAAUAACGUUUUCGCUGUUUGACAUAUCAUGGAGUGAUCAUAUUUCUGUGACAUUUUGACGCCAAAACUUCUCAUUCAUGUCUCAUUGUCACGAAAACAAAGAGUGAUUCUUGUACUUUUUCUGAUGAGGCUAAGUCACAUUUCAACGGUGAUGUGACAAUCAAAAACUGAAUCACUGCUAUAAAAACAAUUCUUUGUGUAAUCUCUAGCCCAGGUGUGUACAAUCAUGGUGGAGCGGUUGAAUCAUAUAUUCAGUGUUUGUAAUGAUUAAUAUGAAUUAUAUGCACAUAAUAGCAAUUGAUUUUUCUGAAGCAGUUUUUGCUUUUACAGACAUUUUUUGAAAGCCAAGUGUGGCACCAAAUUUAUUAGAACAAGUAUUUAUAAGGUGUGUGUGUGUGUGCGUGUGUGUUUUUAUGGGUACUAUGUUUUUAAAGUUAAUAGAAGAUGCCCAUUAUAUAAUUCAUUGUAAGUAUUAUUGUAAGUUUAAUUGUAUAUUCCUUUGGUAAUUUUCUAGAGCUCCUUUAUGUGUUUGUAUCUGAUAUAUGAAACAUGUUUUACCUACAUAAUUCACUGUGAAAUCCAGAGAAAAACACGCUCUUUGAACAAAUGGAUCUUUUUGUGUGUCGCCAGCAGUACGGUACAGACGUUUCUGGAAAAGUUAAUAUGAUGAUCCCUCCCUUCGCUCAGUGAGAAGACUUCCUUCCCUGUUUCAGUAUAUCAUGUGCGUACCUGUGUGUUCUGUGCAUGUUCACAGCAUGUGUGUUCUUUUCUUUCUUUUUUUCUUAAUGCAUAAAGUACUGUUGAUAUUUAUGUACUUUAACCACUGUGAGGAGAAACUGUAUUUCAGUGAAUUGCAGAGGUUUGUUUGUUUGAAACCAAAAAAAAAGUGAUCAAAAUUAGAAGUUUUUAUGAAAAUGUUAAAUGAAGACAUUUCAGGCCAUCUGCCAUUAAAGAUUGACAUCAAC